AAGCGUCCCCGGCACUGCCGUGGAUCACGCACUCUAGAAGAGGCGCGUCGGGGCUCUCGGCGCGACACUAACCAAUGACGCUCGAGAUAAGAAACCGAGCCGGGCGAUCGAAUCCGCCCGGCCAUUGGUCGACUCGCCCCUCUGAAGCCGGCUCUCCGGCUCCAAUGGGAGGCGAAGUCCACGGAUGCAAGUAGCGCGAGAGGACUACGCGGUGUUCACGGGAGGAAAGCGAAAAAAAAAACAGGGCUUCUGCCUCCUUUCCCUCGCCGCGAGGUCCCGUUCUUUCGCGGGAGUGUCGGGAUAUUCGCGCGUACCGUCGCGAGUCGCAGGCUCGAAGCUACCCCCGCGGAGACUCAGCCCCGGCGUCGAGGACCGAGCUCACCGCGCGUCGCGACGCGCCCAUCGAACGUACCGAGAGUUUAAAAUAAUCGCGCAGUGUCUCCGAGUCUUCCCCGAGAUCGAAAGAGGCCCCGACCGCGGCAGCGCCGACGUCAGGAACACCUCGUGGAGCGUCUUCCCGGUCGGUUCUCCCAGCGAAGCGGCCCGCGCGAACGUCGUAAUACAAAAUGGCACUACCAGCGAAUUACAAGCAAGUCGCGAUAGCUACGUCGAACAUCGUAGCCUCCAACCAGCGUAUGAGAGCGUCCGGUGGGAGCUCGAGCAGCUCGACGAACAGUAAAGAUGCCCAGAGCCCGUUUGUACAAACUCCCCACAGUCAUCCGGGAUUCACGCCUCAGAAAGUUGGAAAGAACACCAAUGCCGACUCUCGUAUGCCAAAACCACCCAAGCCACCAGAGAAACCCCUUAUGCCGUAUAUGAGGUACAGCAGGAAGGUAUGGGAUCAGGUUAAAGCUCAGAAUCCCGAGUUGAAGUUAUGGGAGAUCGGUAAGAUUAUUGGGCAGAUGUGGCGGGACUUGCCAGAGGAGGAUAAGACGGAGUUUAUCGAGGAAUACGAGGCUGAGAAGGUGGAGUAUGAGAAGAGCUUGAAAACUUAUCACAACUCGCCUGCAUAUCUGGCUUAUAUCGCGGCUAAGAAUCGUGGCAAGUCUGCUUUGUGCGCAGCACAACAAAGCAAUGAUGAUCGAGAGAGUCACGAACGUUCAUCCGGCAGUAGCAAAAGCCAAGCAGCUCAAGAUAGAAGGAUCGAUAUUUUGCCAGCCGAAGACGACGAUGAUCAAGAUGACGGCUAUUCUGUGAAACAUGUGGCAUAUUCACGUUACACGAGAAAUCAUCGACUCAUUAACGAGAUUUUUAGCGACACUGUUGUCCCAGAUGUUCGCUCUGUAGUUACUACUCAAAGAAUGCAAGUAUUGCGCCGCCAAGUACAGUCCCUAACUAUGCAUCAGAAAAAACUAGAAGCUGAAUUGCAACAAAUUGAAGAGAAAUUUGAAGCCAAGAAACGUAAAUUCAUAGAGACUAGUGAAAUAUUUCAAGAAGAAUUGAAAAAGCACUGCAAACCAGCGGUAGACGAGGAGACAUUCAACAAAAUGGUAGAACGGCAGUAUGAAGCUCUCAGACGAGAGAGAUUGAAAGGGACGGAGGAGAGCCGUUCGGAUGGGCCAGCCUCUAGCGAAUCUACUCCGAACUCUACUCCAACUCCAACUCCUGCGUCACUUAAUGAUGAGGGCCAGCCCGAUAUAUCUGACAACGAUUCGACCGAGAAGAAGUCUAUUAACGUCGAGAAACCUAAUGUCGAGAUGAAGAAAAUGUCGCCCCCUUAUACCGAGAGUAAGAUCGAGGCACCAUCAGCGGUGCAAACGAACCCUAAUCAACAACACUCGACCAACCCCGGGAUGUACUGCAAUAGCGUCAAUUCGUCGAUCCAACAACAUCCGCAUCAGCAGCAGACGCAAACGCCCCAACAUCCGCCACCGCCGCCGCUGCUUCAGCAUCAGUCAGGGCCCCCUCAGCAACAGCAUCAGCCUCCUCAGCAGCAGCAGCAGCAACAGCAGCAGCAUCAACCUCCCCAGCAGCAACCACAUCAGCUUCCUCCACUUCUGCCGCAGCAGCAUCAACCGCUGCCACAGCCACCGCAGCAGCAUCAACCACCACCGCCCCAACUACAUCCAGUAAUGCCGCAACCACAACAGCAGCCACCGCAAUUGCAACAACAGCAACAACAGCAGCAGCAGCAACCACCACCACAGCAACAACAGCAGCAGCAACAACAACAACAACCGCUGCCGCUGCCGCCGCCACAACCGCAGCCGCAGCAGCAGCAGCAGCAGCAGCCACCAGCGCCUCCAGUAAUGUCACCUCAACAACCGACCACGACAGCCGCGGCGGCGGCUGCGGUCGCGGCGGUGGUCGCGAGUGCAAACGCAACCGCGAAUUCCGCUCCGCCGAACAUGCCGCCGGUGUCUGCUCCCGCGGUGCCCAUUCAACACAAUCCCCACCAGCAGGGAAUGCUGCCGAAUACUCAUUCGAUGCCGCCGCACCAGAGCGCGCAAGGUACCCAGAGCACGCAGGUUCUGCCGCCGCAGGGGCCGGUGGCGAAUCCGCACACCCCGCAAAUGAUGCCGCCCAAUCAGGCCUACGGCCAGCAGUAUCAAUCCGGGCCGGGGCCGCAGCAGCCGCAGAACGUUCCGCUGGCUCCGAGACCGCCGCAUCCCUCUUACAGUUACUCGCAGCAGCAGCCGUAUCAUCAACCUUAUCCGCAAUACAGUCAUCCGUACUAUCAUCAGCCGUACUCGCAAUACUCGCCCCAUCCGAUGGGUCGACCCCACGGCCACGGGCCGCACAGUCCGCACAGCCCGCACUAUCAUCCGCAGUCGCCGCAUACGGUCGCGCCUGAAAACAACAACGUCGGCGCGAACGUCCCGGGCGGCGCAACGGCCGCCGUGGCUUCCGUGCCCGCGCCCGAGGCCAACAAUCCCGCCCCGUAUCCCGCGCCCACGGGGCACUGCGAGGGCGAGCGCGCCGGUCCGUCGGAGAAUCAAGAGGGCCAGGUAGACGCCAAGUCGGGAGCCGCUUAAAUAUUCUUUAUUUUACAAACACUAUACUGGGAUUUCCACUUGAAAUGGCGUGUCUAUGACCGUUUAUCUCUGUAUCCUUGCGCCAGCAGGACCCAUUAGGCGUAACUCUUUAAUUUAUACGAUAAAAAUAUAAGAAUUUUAGUUUCAUCAUGAUCACUGUAACACUGCGGACACAAAACUUGUCCAGAAAUUGUACUGCUUCACGUGAAAUCAAUUGCGUGGCGAAGUAAAAGUGGAUAAAA